CGAGUACGACAUGAAGAUUGGCUUCAGCCAGCAGUGGCAAGCGACGAAGACUCAGCAGACUUGCGAGAGGUGGUUUGCUUAGCGGGCGGCGUCUUAUCGCAUCGCUGGAGAAAUGUUGCGUUCUCCACACAUUUUUAGCAGCCGUAGCUGUGGCUGCUGGCGCUGGAAAUUGCAGCAAUAUGGCGAGGAGACACUAAGCCGACGCAGCAAAAUACAUUUCCAGUGCAGCAGCAUCAAGGACGAGCGAGGCAUCAGUCGAGAAGCAAGGAUCAGAGAGGAGGUCAUUUCUCCAUUCCGUUCGCUGAGGCUGUUCUUAUACCCAGCUCUGAUGGCGAGUGCAACCAUAGCGGCACUGACUGCUUUGCCACGGCUCAUUGCUGCGCUCGCGAACUCUCCUAAUGCAACAGUCGAGAACAACGCAUCGCUCGGUCAAGUGCUGGAAGGUCUUGGAAUAGACGUGACCGCCAUCGUGAUAUUUGCGCUGCUCUACCGGUCCGACACCAAGGCUCGAGACUUGCAACUCGCCAAGCUGAGCCGGGAGGAAUCACUGGCUUCGCUGAGAGUUGAGCUGGGAAACAAGCGAGUCGCGACGCUGGAACAAAUGAGAGGAAGUGCUAGGUUCGUCAUAAUUGCCGGCCCGAAGUCCCAUGUUGAUCAAGCACUGGAGCUCAGUCUACCAUUCCAGGAGCAGCUGCUAGAACGUGGUGUGACGCUGGUUCCGUUUGUAACACCACCGGCAGCGUCUACAGAAGAAUCCCAGAGUUCUUCCUUCCAGGCCCAAAAGUCACAGGCAAAAGAUGACGAUUCAGCAGCGGCAGCAGCGGCAGCUCGGAGAUGGAUCGUGCUUCCAAUCUACACCUCUGAAUGGACAAAAUGGUUGAGCGAGCAAAAGAAGAUUGCGAACAUUCCAGAGGACAAACCAGUCUACUUGUCACUGAGAAUGGACGGACGAGUUAGAGGCAGCGGUGUGGGAUUUCCUCCGUGGAGUGCUCUCGUUGCGCAGCUCCCGCCAGUCAGUGGUAUGUGGCGUGGUGCUCUAGACGGCAUGGAUGGCAGAGUAUGAAUCUACUGGAGAAAGUUUUUCUUUCCA